CGAAGUGGCCCGACGUGACCGCUGUGGCCUUCGUUUCCAUUCGGUAUAACCCUGGUUAACCUCACCCCUAAUCAUGCAACUGGUGCUAGUUGGAGGUCUGGGCAUUUGACCUUUGAAAUGGACUAAAAUCUAUCGAGACCGCCGCACUUGUGAUGAUGCACUUUUUCCUUCCCCCUACUCAACAGCAGCUAUGCAUGGCAAAGGCUUCAGACAUGUCCUUUCAUAGCGUAUAACUUCUGCUGCUUGGGAUAACUAACGAAGAAACUUCUUCAUUAGUCCCAUAACUUGCAUUUUCUUGCCGGAAACCCGGGCCCUCUCUGUUAUGUAUCCAGAGGGCAGAUAAUCUCACAUCAAUCGAGGAACCUUAUUUGAACAUUCAACUAGCUAUCCUUUACCACCUCUUGCUAAAUUCUGCCCUGUUCUAAUAACCAAACUUCUUUUGGGCUAUCGAACUCCAAAUCACGGCCGAUGUUCACCUUUGCACCAUGACAUAUCUGCAGAGAGUGAAGGACUGGAUCUCUUACGACGCGUUUCCGCUCGCACUUAGGCAACGUCGAAAGGGAUCCGAAAAGAUAGGAUUGGCGCCUUCAGGAGAGGAUGAUUCCCAUGUAGAGGCGAAUCGUAAAUUGCAUUUAUAUCAUCGUGUCCAUCGAUGGGAUCCAAACCUUGAAGACGAAUACCUCGAUGAAGUGAAAGAUGCGGCGAAUAGCUACGAUGGAAGUCCUACGAACAAGCGGAUGGUCCGACGUGUUCUAGAAAACUCGCCAUAUCCAGAGGUUCGGGCCGCCGUGCGAAACACUGACGAAGAUCUCCCCGUGGAUACUAUCCGCGCAUGGACAAUUGGUCUCUUUCUUACAACAGUUGGAGCUGGGCUCAAUUCUCUAUUUUCGCUCCGCGCGCCUUCUAUCGUAGUCAGCUCCAUGGUGGCACUGCUUCUCGCCCAUCCACUCGGCUUAGGAUGGACGAAAGUGAUGCCGAAUAAAAAGAUUAAGAUUUUUGGAUCCGAAUGGGAUCUUAAUCCUGGGCCGUUCAAUCUUAAAGAACACGCUUUGAUUGUAAUCAUGGCGAAUGCAUCGAUCGGAAAUGGGGUCGCGUACUUCACUGACACGGUUCAAGUACAAAUCGCAUUCUACAAUGCGGAUUUUGGCUGGUUAUGGAAUAUAUGUCUUGCAAUCAGCACCCAGAUGGUUGGAUUCGGCAUUGCGGGUCUCCUUCGCCGCAUUCUCGUCGAACCAGGAUCUAUGAUAUGGCCGCAAACCCUUGUCACCACAUCCUUUCUUUAUACUCUACAUGACGAUACUCCGCCGAAUCCAGCUACAACAAACGGCUGGCAAAUUUCCCGAUACCGAUAUUUCCUGUAUAUCUUUACAGGCGCUUUCGUGUGGUACUGGUUUCCCGGGUUUAUUGCACCGUUUUUAAGUGUAUUUGCCUUUGCCACAUGGAUCAAACCGAACGAUCCCCUUGUAAAUCAGCUAUUUGGAGGCUGGACUGGAAUUUCACUCUUUCCUAUUACUUUUGACUGGAGUCAAAUUGCAGGAUACGUUGGAAGUCCACUGAUUCCACCAUGGCACGCAAUCGGGAAUACGUUGAUUGGAACAACUGUCACCUACCUCAUCGUCGCUCCCAUCAUCCACUACACCAACUAUUGGUAUGGGCGGCAUAUACCCAUACAUGACUCUAGCAUAUAUGAUAACAGGGGCCACCUCUAUAAUGUUUCCAUGGUUUUAUCCGCGAAUAACACUUUUGACGUGCAAAAAUACAAGGAAUAUUCGCCAAUUUUCCUCCCAACAACAAUGGCUCUUACAUACGGGCUGCACUUUGCUGCGAUUGCCGCGUUGAUCGUGCACACAGCUCUUUUCCAUGGACAGCAAAUCUGGAUCAGGGCUAGGGAUGCCCGUGGAGAUUUGGAUGAUGUUCAUACUCGAAUGAUGCGGAAAUACGAACAGGUUCCAACCUGGUGGUACCUGGCGCUUCUCGGCGGCUGUCUCGCUCUGUGCUUCAUAACUUGCCUCGCUUGGCCUACACACUUACCCUGGUGGGCCCUUAUGAUUGCUCUCCUGAUUGCAAUCAUUUGGACGGUACCCAUUGGCAUCGUGCAAGGCUCAACUAACAUUCAAAUCGGAUUAAACGUCUUUACGGAGUAUAUCAUCGGAUACAUGCUCCCCGGCCGGCCGCUUGGGAUGAUGCUUUUUAAAACCUAUGGAUACAUCACCAUGGCACAGGCCCUCUCCUUUAUUCAGGAUUUAAAGAUCGGACAUUAUCUCAAAAUCAGGCCUCGCUCACUCUUCUGGGCACAGGUUAUUGCAACUUUUUGGUCCUGCUUUGUCCAACUCGCCGUUAUAAUUUGGGGUUUGGGUAACAUUGAGGGUGUUUGCGAACGAGACCAGCCUAACCGGUUCAUAUGCCCUGGCGGCAGAGUGUUCUUUGCGUCAUCGGUCUUGUGGGGUUUAAUUGGACCAGCACGAAUAUUCUCUGGCGAGGCAAUGUAUGCUGGUCUCCAGUAUUUCUGGGUAGCGGGUGCACUUGCUCCUAUAUUUUUCUACAUCCUUGCCCGAAUGUUCCCGCGAUCCAAAGUAAGAUUCGUCAACACGCCCAUUUUAUUUGGCGGCACUCUCAUGCUCCCACCGGCCACGCCUUUAAACUAUCUUGCAUGGGGUAUUGUUGGCUUCGGAUUUCAGAAAUACAUCCGCUAUCGGUUCACAGGAUGGUGGAUGCGAUUCAAUUAUAUCACGUCCGCUGCGCUUGAUACCGGUCUGGCAAUCUGUACCAUUGUCAUUAUAACGACCCUUCAGUUGCCAAACAUCAGCUUUCCGAGCUGGUGGGGGAACACAGCUGCACUGAAGACAAUGGAUCAAAUGGGGACAGCAAUCAUCGACCCAGUGCCACCAGGCGAGACUUUUGGCCCACGGUCUUGGUAG